UUUUUUAUAAAAUUUUUUGUUCAUAGGAACUUUUAUGAUUUUCAUGAGAUUACCCUGGAAAAUUACAGUUUUCCCACUUUUAAAUCUUACGCGUGCAAAGCAACACAACGGCUGGUGCAUGGAUUUGUUGGUCGCCAAACAGCGUACCAAACAUUUACUUAAAUACUAAUUUGUCACUACGUUACACGUUUUGUUUUAUAACAAUUAAAGUUAUUCUUAGUUUAGUAUCUACUUAUCGAGGUUAUAACAUAUUGUAUAUAUUGCAAACAAUAAGAUUUCUUAAGCUCACAAUGUCUAAUAAAGUUGUAAAAAGAGCACCUAAGAAAAAAGGAGCAAAGGCAUAUAAAAUGCCUGAUCCAAUAUCUCCUGGUGAGGUAUUAACAGAUUUGACAAAAAAACAAUGGAUUCUUGGCAAAUCAAUUGGUAUUGGAGGUUUUGGAGAAAUUUAUUCUGCUGCUCCUUAUAACGGAAAGACUCCAAAAGAUUAUCCCAAUGUAAUUAAAAUUGAACCACAUGGAAACGGACCAUUAUUUGUAGAAAUGCAUUUUUAUAUGAGAAAUGCCAAAUCAGAUGAAAUUAAUAAUUGGCGAAGGCAAAAGAAACUUACAGGAUUUGGUAUGCCUCAAUAUAUUGGCAGUGGAAGUCAUGAAUACAAGAAUACAAGAUACCGAUUUGUAGUAAUGGAUCGGUAUGGUACUGAUUUAUGGAAAUUAUUUGAAGCAAAUAACAGAAAAUUUCCAGAACAUACUGUAUAUAAAGUAGCUUUACAAAUAAUAAAUGUACUGGAAUAUAUCCACCACAAAACAUAUGUCCAUGCAGAUAUAAAGGGAGCUAAUUUGUUGUUAGACUUAAAAUCUGGAGAUCAAGUUUAUUUAGUAGAUUUUGGAUUAGCUUCUCAUUAUACCACAAAAGGCGAAUAUAAAUUAGAUCCGAAAAAAGCACAUAAUGGAACUAUUGAAUACACUAGUAGAGAUGCUCAUAUGGGAGUACCAACAAUGCGUGGUGAUUUUGAAAUUCUGGGUUAUAAUAUGAUUCAAUGGUUAUGUGGUUCACUAUUAUGGGAAAAAAACUUAUCUGAUGCAGUUACAGUACAAAAGCAAAAGGAAAAAGCUUUUGAAAAUAUUCCAGAAUUUUUAAACAAAUGUUUUAAUGGACCAGUGCCAAAAACAAUACUUGAAUACAUGACCUUAGUAGCGAGUAUGAAAUUCAAUGACACACCAAAUUACGAAAAAUUUAAAAAAAUAAUAUCAGAUGGAUUAAAACGACUAUCGCAUAAACCAGAUGGAAAAUUAGAAUUCAAAGCAGAUGUUAAUUCUCAGAAACAAACUCUUAAAUCUACCCCACAGAAAGUAAAAAAAACAGUAGAUGGAAUCAAAAGAAGUCCUCGUGUACUUGCAAGAAAAAGUCUAAGUCCUGCAAAGGGUCUUGAUGAUAGCACAAUAGGAAUUGUAAUGGAUAAAAAACGUGGUGGUGUUAAGGAUAUAAAACAAAUAUUGAAUAACAUUGACUCUGACGAAGAAUAUGAUAUAAAAAUAGUUAAGAAAAAGAAAAAGACAGACAAUUCUAUAAAUAAAUCUAAAGAAGAAAAUACUUCAAUUAAAAGUAGAAGAAGAAUAAAAAGAAAUUAUGUUGAUUCAGCUUCAGAUUCUGAACCAGAGAUUGUAUCAAAGGGAACAAGAUCAAGACCUACUGCUCAAAAGGUAACACCUACAAGUACAAAAGGUCGUUCACGAAAACUUGUAAUUCAUGAAAGCGAGAAUUCUGAAGACGAUAUGUUUGAUAUGUAGAUUGUAAGUGUAAUGUACAUAUUAUGCAUUUGGAAUGCGUUCAUACGCAUUGGAAAAUUAAAUUUGGUAGAAUAUUGUAUAUUAUUGUAUGAAAAUAUGUAAAACUAACAUUUGUUUCUGCGUUAAUUAUGCAAAAUCUGUACCGUUUGCAAGUAUAUUUCGUCUUUGUACUGAGGAAGUUUAGAGAAAGUAAUAUAUUUUGAUACAUCUACAUUUUAAGUAAUUGUAAAUAACGUGUAAGGUUAGUAAAUUACAAUGUUGAGUGCUGACUGUUGAGCGGUAUUAAUUUUUUUAUAUUUGUACGAAAAUAAAAAUUGCCUUAUGAGUA